CUUUUGCUCCCACUCAUUCUCUAUACGUAUCUAUUUGUUAAUUAUUUGUUAAGACAUUUUUUCGUAAAUCUUACUCCUCCCAUCUUCUAUCUAUGUCACGUCUACCCCUUUCUACAUAAGUUCGCCUGCCCUUUGUGCUUCUCUCCCAUAUUUCCUAAUCGUGUUACUUCUACUGAAUCCUCAUCUUUCAAUAAAAUGUGUUCAAGGUCAGAAUACAUGGCCAAAUAAUUUUCUCUCUUUGAUAAUUGGGCUAAGAUUUAAAUUGUUGUGCAGAAUGCAUCUCUAUACACAAGCUACCGAUAUAUUAUUUCCUUAAUUCAAGGGGGAUGGUCAUUCAACUGAACUGGUAAAGACGGCUGUUCCUCUGGCCUGAAUGGUUUAAUAAAACAUCUGCUUUCUCCGUCCAUCCCGCCUUCUGGCGCCAUCUAUCCAAGAUGUCAGGAUUAACAAUUACAAGAGGGCGCAAUACAAAUAAAUAUCCCAUUCUUGAAUAUCCUCGUUAGCAACAGAAGAUCAAUAAUCGAUGGGGUUUUGGAUAUAUUCUCAGCGAUAGGCUUAAAGUCUUCUGUCCAAUUGAAUUAUUUAUAGGCUUGAACAUGCGAUCUCUAUUUGUUGAUAUUUUGUGAUCAAGCCUUGAAUUUGCGCUGAGUAAAAAGUAUUAAACAAGGUCAAGAUUUUGCUGUUAGUGAGUAAAGUUGACAGUUUUGCAAUGGCCAUUUGUUGCAAGUAAGAAAGCUGAAAAUUAAAAUACUUUACCAAAAUUGUGACUGCAAUAGGAGAGAAGAGAAGAUCCUUAGUAAGAGAGAAAAACUGAAAAUCAAAUUGGAAAGAGCUGAUCACCAAAUUUCUUCCCUAAAAUAGAAGGAUACUUUUAGUUCUAGUCAUCUAAUGGGACUUGUGAAAUGGGUUGUGGUUCAUCAAUUAGUUAUGAUCCUAAUGAAAUGUACGGUAAAAAGGAAAGAAUACCCUUCGAAAACGUGAAAACUGAGGAAGAGACGGCUAAGGAAAAAAAAGAUAAUGACCAAAAAAGUAAAAAAGAUGAAGAAAACAAAGGGAAUAGUUCAAAUUUAGAAAAAAAUAGAGAUAAAAAGUCCAUAUUGAAAGGUGAUUUGUCUCUCAGAAAUGAAGCUAAGAUAAAUCGACGAAAGAGUCGAGAUCUUCGGCUUAGGAAUUGUGAAAACAGAGCUAAGAUGCUAGUUGAUCAAUACUACGAAGAGAGCGAACGGUUCUCUGUUUCAAAUUCAAGAGCAACAUCUCGAGUUGAACGAGUUGAAGAUAUAUCUAUUCAAUCUAACUCUUAGUAUACGUAAACAAUAAAAUUAAUCAGUUUAACUUGUUCAUAACAUUAUUAUAAACGUUUAUACCGGUUUUAUAUCUUGUACAGUUGUUUUUAUAUGUAUUUUCUUUCCCAAUCAUAUGAUUCUAAAUGAUGAUACAUAUUUUAUAUCUGAAUUUUCCUUUAAUUUAUUCAAGAUUUCUUUUUUUCGCAAGCUUUCGUUAGAGAUUAAUAAUAACUGAUUUGCAGGGUGAAUAUUCUUAUAAGGGCGAGAAGGGAUUGAACUAAAGCUAUGGUAGAGCUAAUAAUAAACUUAGUGCGAUAUAAAAACGUGAUUAAGACAAACAAAUGUCCUUUUUCUAUUUCUAAAAAACAUAUAUCUCUUCUGUCCAGUAAAGUAGUAAAUAUAUAAUAAUAGAGACAAUGAUCUCUCAUAAUAGUUGAAGUCUUCUGGUAAUACAAUAACCAAUUUAAAUGACUCAGAUACUAAUAAAAAGUAAGUAGUUAGUAUGUGUGCAUAAUAUCUGUAAUUAUUUCGUAUAUUAUUUUACUAUAUAAUAUAGGCAAAGAAUAAUUCAUUUAAGCCGGAUCAGUUCAAGUAAGCAUCCUUGUGCUUUAAAGGUUAACAGUAUUAAAUAACAAAGCUUUUUAACUGGAAUAAACGUAAUACGGGACUGUUUAUAUAGCGCUCUUAUAUUUCGGUAUACGAUAUUAAAAAAAUGAUAAAAAUAAGUUAUCUUCC